CACUUAUAUAAAGAGACCCAUCACAGCCCGGUGCUGCAGCAGUUUCCUACGCGCACACAGUCUGGAGCGAGGAGGACGGACUCUUGCCUCUGUGUCCAGCCCCGUUCAUUCACCGCUUCCUUCCCCUCCUCUCUCUCUCUCUCUCUUACGCAUCAUGGGCUCCGUGCUGCCCGCCGACGCUCUGGCUCUGAAGCCCGGAUUUAAGUGCUCCGGCCGCUCGCUGUCGGACGUGAUCACCUCGGACAUCCUGCACAGCUUCCUGUACGGCAGGUGGAGGAACGUGCUGGGCGAACACCUGGCGGAGGAGCGGCAGAGCGGCAGCAGCCCCAAGACCGCCUUCACGGCGGAGGUUCUGGCCCAGUCCUUCGCUGGAGAGGUGCAGAAGCUCUCCAGCCUGGUGCUUCCCAGCGAGGUGAUCAUCGCCCAGAGCUCCAUCCCGGGAGAAGGCCUGGGGAUCUUCUCCAAGACCUGGAUCAAAGCCGGAACAGAGAUGGGCCCCUUCACCGGGAGACUCCUGUCCCCCGAACACGUGGACUUGUUCAAGAACAACAAUCUGAUGUGGGAGGUGUUCAAUGAGGACGGCUCGGUGCGGUACUUCAUCGAUGCCAGCCAGGAGGACCACCGCAGCUGGAUGACCUACAUAAAGUGCGCUCGGAACGAGCAGGAGCAGAACCUGGAGGUGGUGCAGAUCGGCAGCAGCAUCUUCUAUAAAGCAGUGGAGACCAUUCCGCCUGACCAGGAGCUCCUUGUCUGGUAUGGAAACACGCACAACACAUUCCUGGGAAUCCCUGGAGUUCCUGGGAUGGACGAAGAACACCAGAAGAAAAGCAGGAAUGACGACUCCCACUCCACCGAGGGGCCCUCUUCGUGUUCUCCUCCUUCCGUCGCCGUCACCUCCACGGGCCGGAUGCGCUGCGUCAUCUGCCACCGCGGCUUCAACUCCCGCAGCAACCUGCGCUCCCACAUGCGCAUCCACACCCUGGACAAGCCCUUCGUGUGCCGCUUCUGCAACCGCCGCUUCAGCCAGUCGUCCACGCUGCGGAACCACGUCCGUCUGCACACCGGCGAGCGGCCGUACAAGUGCCACGUCUGUCAGAGCGCGUACUCCCAGCUGGCGGGCCUGAGGGCGCACCAGAAGAGCGCACGGCACAAACCUGUGGCGCACGCCUCCGACGCGCCCCCGCAGGUUUCCCCUCCCCCUCCUCCUCCACCUGCGCCGCAGAUGGCCGCCAUGCAGCAUCAGAUGCCUCUGGUCCACCACAUUCCCACCAUGGUGUUAUGAUGGCAGACACUGGGUCAGGCUGUGGCUUAGAACAACGACGCACUUUAGACUUAAAGCUGUGGUGGAAAUGUAAAGAAGCGCUGAUGUAAUUAUGAAUCUUCU